AUGUCCUGUCAGUCCAUCGGCAUUGGUUCAGUAGGAGAUAUCACCAUUCACGGAAAAGAAGCUUGCAAGAUCCUUUUCACAGUUAAUAAAACGAAGCGCUUUGUUUCUUCCCCCCUGCCGCCAGGAAGAAUCCAUGACACGACGAGCUGGCACAUUUAUUUUCCUAAGGCGAUAAUAACGACACGACAGGUGUAUGAACUUGGGCAGGAGUAUCGAAAUGCAGUUAAUGGUGAUCGUGGUGGCCAUAACAAGUGCAGUAGUAACCAGAGUAAUGAAUUUUUGACACGUAAAAAAGGUGCAUACACCCCAGCGCCAAGUGAUUUUGAGAUGAGCGUGCAGCCUAUACUCCGUACAACCGACAGUCCUGCACAGGGGCCUUCAGAAUUCAGAGGUGCAGAGAGCGACCAUGGAAGCUGUGUGCAUUACGGUACAACGGUACGGCUAUUGCAACAUAUUUUUAUAGGAGACAGCAAACGAUUCAGGAUAGAUAACACAGACCACAUCAUAGACGUGAAUAAGGGGAACAUACCAUUUGAAUACGACCAAGUGAACAUCAUCUGCCCUGUUUACAUGCCGGGUACACACGAAGAAGAUGCUGAGAAGUACAUCAUUUAUAACGUAUCAAAGGAGGAAUAUGACACUUGUCGGAUCACAAAUCCAAACCCUCGGAUUAUAGCGAUCUGUGACAAACCAUACAAGUUGAUGUACUUCACCAUAACAUUUCGGUCAUUCACCCCACAACCUGGAGGGCUGGAGUUCCAACCUGGCCAGGACUACUAUUUCAUCUCCACGUCAUCCAAGGAUGACUUGCAUCGGCGUAUUGGUGGACGUUGCUCCACCCACAACAUGAAGGUUGUCUUCAAGGUUUGCUGCCGACCCGAGGACUUGAACAACCAGACUGUUUUCAACCACCUACCCAGCACAACUGCAAGCUCAACUAUGCCUACCACACCAGUUCUCUCCACUACAACGAGCACGACAACUCCACUGCCGACCACAGUGAAGCCCACUUCGUAUAAGGAUCUAGAUAUUCCUAACUAUAAUGUCAAGUCUACCACCAAGAAGACAAAUGAAUAUGAGAAGCAUCCGAAUGAAGUAGUCAAGAAUGAAGAACUAACUUAUAAUGGUGCCCAAACAGCUAGCCACUGCCAUCUGCCAGUGGUGACUGGCAUAGUGUUAUACCUCACAGUGCGACUAGUCGGGCGGUGAGGAGGCUUCAGUCAUCUCGUGCUCCCUGUAUUAUAGUGUACAUUAUUUAUAUGUGCCGUACGUGGCUUCCGCCUAAGUAAGGAAGGCUUUCCAUCCGUCAUUUUUAAAUCGACAAGUGAACAAACAUUGGCUUUCCAGCACUGAUGAAGCAUUGCAGUCAUCUCUGGAGGUGUGUCCUAGUCGAAAGGAUGACAGCAGGCAAGACCAAACCAUGCAAAGCUGUCAUUACCUCCCUCAAACACAUGCACAACCACCUGUUGCCAUGGAUGUGACAGAAGUAAAAAAGAGGUGUUCUUUUUUAUUGUAUUUGCUCUUUGAUCUACGCAUUUAUUUGUAGUCCUGUGAUUGAGGUAAGAAGUCAUUGAUGAAAUUAGACUGGACUGUUUCUAGUCCAUGUUGUAGAAGGAAGCAAAAAAAGAAAAGAAAGGAUGUGUACUUACACUGACAUAUUUUGUGUGACAUGUCUCUCUGCUAUAUUGGUAUUAUUAACAUGUACCCAGGAUGAACUGACCAAAAAUGUGGAAGUGUGUGACAUGAUAAGUUAUUAUGUUCAACAUGGAUGUGACAUGUUUAGGAAACAAGCAGUGAACUUCUCUUGUGUAAGAAAUGUUGUGAUUGCAGAGAACAUUUGUAUGUGUAUUGAAGCAUAGUUGCUGGUAGAUGGCAGACAAGCAUUUUAUCUCUACACAACAUGAAAAAUGAAUUGAAUCCAAAUUUUGUACUUCACGGUCACUAACAGUUUAACUGUGGACUGAAGUCUCCCCUUUAUCCUAAAGAGUAAAUAUGAAUGAAAGGACAGCUGAAGGAUGAAGAUGUACGUGUGUCACCAACCACCACCAUCACCACCAACACAUCAUUUUACCUACUGAUUGGCUGGCCAUUAUGUAGACAGUAGAGAACUUAUUCUUCCUUUGUAACAAAGAGGACUGUUGUCAUAGAUGGAAGUAUGUGUGUGUUUGUAUGUAAGUAUGUGUGUGUGUAUGUAUGUUUGUAUGUAGGUAUGUAUGUCUGAUAAGUAUGUUGUGAUAGUUAAGUAGCUACAUUAAAAGAAAACCAAGUCAUUGUAAACAAAGUACUGUCUCUUAUAGUUGCCUUGUUGCAGUGAAUGGAUCUAUUUUCUAGUACACAAGUUAUAGAACACAAUGUACAUCAGACAAAAUAUGGAAGUGUUGGCAGUGAUUUGCAGAAGCUUGACUCUUUGCCAGCUGUUUGUUGUAUGCUAUUGUAGCUGCUGAUAUGCUCAUGUGGUUAAACUUUUUCCAGAAACCUAUCCCACAAGUCUGUAUAAGUUGACAACAAAAGGCAGAUACCAAGAAAAAAGCCCUUGGUCUGGAGAGAGUGCGGAGGCUGCAAAACAUAUAGCCAUCAUGAGAAUCGGUCUUAAAGCCAAAUUAUUUUCAGUAAAGCUCUGCAGAGCAUGUUGGGUCCAAAGUGACAGGCAAUUUCUGAUCUUGCCAUAAAAUGUCAUCAUGUUGUGCUGCAUCAUAAUCAGACCCAAACUGUGAUUUUAGAGUUGGAUUUGUGCCUUAAAAUAUCUCUUCUGCCCAUGUUUAGUAACAUCUUCAACCUCCAUAAACUUUCCAGGCCACAAAGAGAAGGUGCAUUGUAGACAUUCAAAUGGUUGCAGACUUCCUGCCAGAGGAGCUGGCAUGCAUGAUGGUGCAUGUCCUUGUUGGAUCAGUUGCUCACUUCUCGUUCACAAGUUAUUGUGUGUUUGCUUGGGCUUUAAUAUUUUUAUGCAGCCAUAUAGUGACAAUACACAAGUUUCAAGAUGUGAUACAACCUCCAGCAGUCAACAGGAUUUAAUAUUUUCAUUCUGCCACAUUUGGAACUCUGGUGACUCUUUCUAUUUAUCUUAGUUUGAAGGAAGUAAAACCAACAUGAAAUGAGUGGAAGAUGGCAAAUAAAUUGGUGAUGCAAAAUUACUUCUUAAUUGUAGAAAUAAACAAUUAUUAGAAUUGUGCUAUGUAAUUAUGUGUAUAUAUGGUAUAUAAGUAUUUAAGUGCCAUAAAUGGAUAUGUUGCUGUAUCUUUUUCUUUUUCACACACAAAACACAUUUACACCCAAAAUAUGAAUAUUUGCAGGAAUAACCUUAUUGUUGUAAGAUGGGAAUACAUUUUUUGUCAGAAGCUGAAUACUGAUGAUACCUUCUCUACUUCUUGAACAAAUACAGUAAUUGAUCUAGAGACUGGCUGUUUAGUUAGUGUGAUGCCAUCCCAGAAGCUCACUCACAUUGGAUGUUCAUCUUUUGUUUUGUAUCUGAAUUGCUAGAGUAACACUAAGCUACAGUAAACACAACUUGCCAUGCCAAUUGCUGCUCCCUGUGGCUGUGAGCAGAGCACAUUACCAUGCUCAAUCACUGCAUUCAGUGCCUUGAAAACUACAAGCAAAAUCUAAAGAUGGGAGGCAGGAUGUUGUCGAGGCACAUGGCAGCUUCAGUGUUAUUUCUGUUUUGCUAGCUCAAGCUUUGUCUGUAAGUUGCUCACAUCACGGAACAGUCUGCAUGCAGUGAAAUUGAUCCAGCAUCUGGAAUACCAUGUUCAAGUGACCUAAUUUGGUUCAUCCAGGACUUCCAAAAAAUACCACUGAUGUGGUUCAUUGAUUUAUUUAAUUGAAAGCAUCAAUGUGUAUUUCUUAUAUUUUUACUUAUAGGAAUUUAACUGUAUACUUGGUUAUUGCUGGAGAAUGAUUUGUGAUAUGUGCUUUGUGUUGCCACAUGCCCACUUCAUUGUGCUAUGCGUUUCCAUUGCUGUGUAACAUUUAAUUGUAUGUUGUGAAGUCACAAUGGAAUGUGCCCAGUAGCUUAGAAACUAAAUCUGCUUCUCUCCUUAGAGGUCUGUUUCCAUUCUUUCACCAGUUUGAACCAUUCCGUGCUACCUGAGUCAGGUCCCUUUCCUUGUUCCCUGUUUUUUAUCAUGUAAUUAGAAUAAUAAGUAUUGCCAUACUCUUGUUUAUGACAAAGGAGGGGAUGGCAGAGGUGUGGAAUUUUACCAUACAUAUUUCAUGCAUAAGAAAUGGAGCCACAAGCAAUUUUAAGUGUGAAUUUUUAUUUAUGAAUAUAAUUCAUUAGAGUCUGAUAUUCCAAAGUCUGCCCAAAUUCUACUAAAGGAAUAUGUUUUACUCUUAUGUGAUAAUAUUAAACAAUUAUGUACUAAUGUGAAGGUUGAUUUGUGAAGUUUAUAAUAGAGAAUAUGUGAAUAUAUUGCUAGCACAGGAUGUCCAGACUGGAUUUGAAGACUGAACUUAGUAUCCACAUGCAUACAUUAAAUAUUUUAAACAGUUCUCAGGCAAGAAUACUUUGUGUUUUAGAUAUAGUUGCUAACUUAUUUCAUUCUUAAAUUCCCUGUGCAGAGCUUUAGAAAAUUAAUGUAAAAAUACAAACAGGACAGAUGAUUGUGAAGGGUGCUGACAGUGGUUUGUAACACAUGGCAUUAUUGAGUUUUGGGAUUUUGUCCAUCAUCUGCUGUUCAAAAGAACUAAUGUUCAGUGACUGAAGUUAGCUCUUUCUAUCAGAUCCAACAGAGUAGGUGCCUCCCACUCUUUCACCUGAGGACAGAAUCACCCAGUUUCUGAAGUGGUGUGUUCUGUUUAAUAACAGAUGGUGGAAAUAAUCCAGAAACUCAGUAAUCCUCUUGGACACCUGAGGGGAUUGCUUCCACCAUAUGCAAAUGUGAAAAUUUCACAUAAUUUGAAGUAGUAAAUAAGAAUUUUUCACUAAAAAUAUGCUAAGCAGAUUUCAUAUAUAGGCAGAUUGCUUCCAUUUUAGUUCCUUAAAAAUUGUAUACCCUGUAUAUAGAUGCCUUCUUGGAACUGGAUGUUCCACUCUCCACUGGAAGUCAAAUUAAGCAGUGUGGUUGAUGGCUGGAUAAGUAGAGAGGAAGCCUUUUAAGUUACCAUCCCACAGCUCUUGUAGGACAGAUUGCCACAAGAUGCAUUUAAGGUUCUGUAAAGGUCAUAUUAGGAAA